CGAACCAAACACUGCAAAGCAACAAACCUGCUCAGCGACCCUGACAGUGACUAUCAUCUAUAAUCAUGUCAAAGGCAUCACAACCAGAACUCAAGAAGUUUAUGGACAAGAAGUUGUUUGUCCAUCUGCAGGGUGGUCGCAAAGUCAGCGGUACUCUGCGUGGCUAUGACCUUUUUUUGAACCUCGUCAUCGACGAUGCUCUGGAAGAGACAACUCCAGCUCAGAGGCAUCCCAUUGGCACGGUGGUCAUUCGUGGUAAUAGCGUAACAUCGAUGGAAAUCCUCGAAGCUGUCCGUUGAAUCGGUAGUCACCCUCUUAUUUGUUGCACUUAAUAGAUGGCGCGACGUGAGCUGAUCGAUGUCACAAUAUAUUCUUCGUGAUUUGACACGGCCUCGAGUUCGAUCGGGUCCGAUGCAGUGUAAUGAAAAAGUACACGCACAUUGCUGUUGUAAUCGUAUCGAUUUUUUGCAAUCAAUUCCGCCUGCCCUGCAAUAAUGCGAUUCUCGACAACGCGUUCUGCUAUUCGAUGACAUCAAAUACUUUUGUUGCAGUCCUUAUUCCUUAGUGCCAGCGAACACGCACGUCUCACACACGCCGUGACACGCACAUCCAUCAUCAUUGAAUAUUGAAUAGCCACUUGCAAUGAUUUGGACUUCAGAACCAUCCAAAAAAGUUCACGUG